AUGAACGUGGAUCCCUUAUCCCUGCGUCUCGAGUCGGCUUCUAACAACCGGGACGAGCUACAUCUUCAAGGACUGGCGCUGAGGGCUUUGCCCUACGACCGGCUCAAGGCCGCGUCGAGCGUGCAGGUGUCGGGCCUGUGGCUCGCCGACAACCAGCUAUCGCACAGCCCCAACCUGCUGCAGGAGCUGCUGGAGAGCUUCCCCGGCCUGUCUCUGCUCGACCUCGAGAGCAACGAGCUCACCUGCGACCACCUGCGCCUCCUCCCCAGCGCCGCCGACAUCGAGCGCCAGCGAUGGGAGCAGCGAUUUCUCGAGCAUCGCAGCGUAGAGCCAGCCUCUACUACUUCUUCUUCGCCGUCGUCUUCUACUUCUGCUUCUUCUACUUCAUCUUCCUCUACAAAUUCGCCUCGAGCGCUGGCGCAUGAACACAACAUAUGCUCAGAUGUGCGGCUGUCGUGCUUCUUCUGCAGCAUGAGGGUGGUGUACCUCGACUGCAACCAGCUCACCGCCCUGCCGCCCGAGCUCUUCACCUGCCUGCCCAACCUGCGGUGGGUCACGGCCCAGCGCAACCGCAUCACCUCGCUGCCGCCCGAGGUGGGCCGCGCCACCAGUCUCGAGGGCCUGCGGCUCGACCACAACCGACUGCGCACCGUGCCCCGCGAGCUGGGCCGGCUGCCCAACCUCCUGUGCCUGUCACUGUGCGACAACGACCUGCGCGCGCUGCCCGAGGAGAUGGCCGGCCUCGGGCGCCUCGCGACGCUCAUGGUGCGGGGCAACCCGGACCUGGUCACGCUGCCCUCGUGCCUCACCCGGCUGGCCGGCUCGCUGACCGAGUUCGCGGCCGACGCCAUCGACACCGCCGACGAGCGGCCGGGCCAGCCGCGCCAGCGGCUCGGCACCUUCCACCGCGCAGAGAGCCUCCUCAACAUCGUCGCAGGGCAAGUCUUGAAGAUGUUCGAGGGCAAGAGUGUGGAGCGACACAACAUCCCGGAGGAGCUGAAGGAGCUGCUGCGGUGCGAAGGCCGACAAUGCGCCCAAUGUACGGGCCUGUAUUUUGGAGACGGAGUGGCGGAACGGAUCUGGGAGACCCAGCUGUGCAACCACGCCGUGCUGCUGCGGGGCAACUACUGUUCGCUGGCCUGCCUACACUCGCACACCGCCACCCCGCUCUGCUCCCACACCCACUGA